AUGAAGCACUCUGAUGUGUGCUCAGCUAUAAAUGUCACUGUCACACCGUCUCCGUUCAGUGUGGUGGCUGAGGGGGAAAACAUCACCCUGUCCUGUCAGGUGAGCCAGCGGCGGCGGUCGACGAGUCUUCCUGUGGUGCGGUGGAUGUUUCAGCCGGAGUCAGGAGGAGAGGAGCUGCUGGUAGCACGGGUGAACAUGCGGAGAGCCAAAUUCUACGGAAACUACACCAAGAGCUUCUGCAAGCCCAAAAUUAAACUGACAGUGGUGAAACAGGGCAAGAUAUACAACCUCCUCAUCAUGAACAUCAGCACACAGGACAGGGGUCUUUACAGCUGCAGGGUCCAGGAGUUCAAGAAGCAUCAUGAACGAUGGAAAGCUUCGACCAACAGCUCGGCCUCCACGCAGCUCAGAGGUUUGUCCAUAUGUUGUUAUGUGUAUCUGUGUGCUGUGCUGGUGUGUUGUGUUGGGCUCUUGUGCAUGUGCAUGUUCACUAUAGUUGUGAGCUGUCAGUAUCUGCAGAGGAAGAGACGAUUAAAAGAAAACUAUCAUUUGGUCAAGAGUUCACAGAACAGUUCAGGCGAGACAGUCACUAUUGUUGUCAGUCUCUCUCCGGCUCUACCCAAGAAGGUGAGAAAGUACAAGAAAAAUAAAAGUGUGGAGCAGCCAGACCUGCCACCAGAGAUACCGGCUAAAGCCCCUAUUGCAGACAAAAUGCGAAAGCCGAAGCUUUUAAAACCUCAACCCAGAAAAGUGGUUUUGCCCAAAAUUGCAGAGGAGAGUUUGACAUACGCUGAGCUUGAACUGAUGAAGCCACUGCCUGAAGCCAAAACUGCAAAGACAGGAACGGUGUACGCUCAGAUAUUCUUUGAGGACAAGCCGCCCAAAAUUGCAGAGGAGAGUUUGACAUACGCUGAGCUUGAACUGAUGAAGCCACUGCCUGAAGCCAAAACUGCAAAGACAGGAACGGUGUACGCUCAGAUAUUCUUUGAGGACAAGCCGGUGUAG